UAAAAAAAUUGUUGAUCAAAAUCAUGAUCAUCAUCAUCAAAAUGGAUGGCAUAAAAAUCAUGUACGUGUUGCUGUUGUAGGAGGUGGCUUGGUUGGAUCAAUGAUUUCAUGUUUUUUAGCAAAACGCGGUUAUCAGGUGGAUCUUUAUGAAAUGCGUAAUGAUCCACGUAAAUCUGAACAUGUUGUUGGAAAAUCAAUAAAUCUGGCUCUAUCGGAACGAGGAAGAAGUGCAUUACGUUCAUUAGGUUUAGAGAAAGAAAUUAUUGAAAAAUAUUCAAUAAAAAUGUAUUCACGUAUGAUACACGAUCUAAAUGGCCGUAAACGUAUAAUACCAUAUGGUACAAGACCCGAUCAAUAUAUAUUAUCGGUUAGUCGAAGAUUUUUAAAUGAAUUAUUAUUAAGCAAAGCGGAAAAAUAUGAAAAUGUUCAUAUACAUUUUGAUCAUAAAUUAUUACAAGCUAAUCUCAAACAAGGACAUCUUACAUUUCAAGCAAUGAUUGACACUCAUCAUCCAAAACAGGUAGAAAGCUAUUCGGACAUUAUAUUGGGGUGUGAUGGUGCCUAUUCGGCUGUCAGACGUCAUAUGAUUAAGUUGUUAUUGUUGGAUUAUAGCCAAAAAUAUAUUGAACAUGGUUACCUCGAAUUGUGUAUACCUCCCACUAAAUCAGGUGACUAUGCAAUGGAACCAAAUCAUCUGCACAUUUGGCCUCGAGGCGAUUUUAUGAUGAUCGCCUUACCAAAUCUUGAUCGAUCAUUCACCGUAACAUUGUUUAUGCAAUUCAAAAUAUUUGAAGAGCUCACCGAUCAAACAAAAUUAUUGAAUUUUUUUCAGAAAUAUUUUCCCGAUUCGAUUCCAUUGCUGACCAAAGAUGGUUUGAUUCAAACAUUUUUCAGCACAAAACCAUCGCCAUUAAUUUCGAUAAAAUGCAAACCAUAUAAUUAUGAAGACAAAGUUUUACUAAUGGGUGACGCUGCACAUGCAAUGGUGCCAUUUUAUGGACAAGGAAUGAAUUGCGGCUUUGAAGAUUGUAUUGUACUUGAUGAACUGCUUGAUAAACAUGGAAAUGAUAAACUAGAUUCAGUGUUGGAUAUUUUUACUGAAAAACGUGUUGAUAAUUGUCAUGCUAUUAUUGAUUUAGCCAUGUACAAUUAUGUUGAAAUGCGUGAUUUAGUUAACAAACGAUCGUUUAUUAUACGUAAAACAUUUGAUAAUAUGAUGCAUCGUUUAUUUCCAACAAUUUGGACACCUUUGUAUUCGAUGGUCACAUUUUCACGUACACCAUAUCAUCGUUGUAUACAGGAUAAACGUUGGCAAGAUGAAAUGAUUGAUCGAAUUUUGAAAUUUUUUCUCAUUUUAUUUGGUUUAUUGAUGUUUUUGAUAGCAGCCAAAUUAUUUGACAGUAAUCCAACAUUGAAAACAAGACCAAAUUAAUAUAAUUUUUUUGCUAUAUUUUUAAAGUUUUUUUUUCAUUUUUUUUUGUUGUUGUUGGAAUGAUUUUCAUUGAAAUCGGAUCAUCCGAAAUUUCAAUGUGACCAAAUAUAUUU